GUCAGAAAGGGUAGUGGCAUCAUGUUUGAUUUUUAUCGAGAAUUGAUGGCGUAGAAAGUCUUCCAGAAAUUUUAAUGGCGAAGGCAUUCACUUACAGCCGAUUACCAGAGCAUCAAGUAGCGGUUUAUUUCGAUGAACACGACAAAACAGGUAAAAGAGUUUUGGAGAUGCGCGCCGCUUCGAACGAACCGUAGUAAAAAGCUCUCACAUUUAAGCGGCUAGUAAUUAAGCUUAAGAUUUUCUUGAUUCUAGCAUAUUUAAACAUUUCUUGUUUUUCGUUAGACGGACCAUCAGGAUGGAAUAUUGCAGAAUCUUUGAUCUCGUUCUUCACGUUCUUGCUUCUCCUCGUUACGUUCCCGGCUUCUGUAUUUUUCUGCGUGAAGGUAAGCUCGCAGAUCAGACGAGGCCAAACUUAAAUUUCAUACAUUUAAAUGUUUACUGUUGAGAAAUUAACAGAGCUAAAAACUGCAGCUGUCACACAUAGCUUAAAGUAUGUUCAAAAUUCGCCUUUAUUAAUGAAAUGUCAAAUUAUAAUAAGUUCUGAGAAAGAGUUCUUAAAUAACCAAAGCAGCGCAAAGCGGUUUUUUAUUAGAACAACUUAAAGAUCCUGUUUCUGUCAAGUUAUAUGAAGGCAAAAAAGAGGAGACUGCUUUUCAAAGGUCAUGUCGUUAUAUGGCAACCCAACGCUGCAACCUUUCGGUUGCUAGAAUAGAUUUAAAUGCGCUUGACCUUCAGCGAAGGGAAGCCGUAUUGAUAUUGUUUUCAGGAAGUAUUUAUAACAAGAAAAUGAAUCCGGCUAACACUUGUGGUAUGGCUAUAAAAGGUCCAAACUACUGAGCAUGCUCAAAAUCUACAAUCAGGGACAAGGUAGUUGACACACUUGUUUAAAAGGGGUGCUUUUAUCAAACAUUUAAUUCAUUUAUUAUUUCAUUCCUUUUAAAUGCCAUAAAUCCCCUCACCACCCGAAACAAUGUUGUCUGAAGUAAAAGAAAGACUUGAGGGUCCAAAAUACAACAUUGAUUUUUGGGGGAAGGGGUGGAGGUAGACAGGGGAAGGGGAUAGGUAAGUCCACUAUUCAAAAAGGGGCCAUUUUAUGGAAGUGUCUCAACACUUUUGUCCCUCUUUGUAGAUGUUGAAAAAAUAGACAACAUGUACAUGUACAUAAUUGUAUUUGAAGCCUUUUUUUCUUGAUGACUGGCUUUAUACACCUGUACUCCCUAACUGCCAAGUUGGCCUACAAGGAAACAUUUCGUAUCGAUCGUUUUCCUUUUUAUGUAGAAAAGAGACUCUGUAAAGCAAGGAGAAGAGACUCUUGUGUUAGGAGAAGAUCGGAGGCUGACUGCAUUAUACUUUUGUGUUUUGCUCAAUGUAACCUCCUUCAUCACAGAAAAGGGACCAUUUCCCGUACCAAGACAAAAAAUUAAAUCUAUCUGUAACUAAUGCUGAUAAAUUACUUAAAUACAUCAUGUAUUCAGUAAGCACUUCCCCCUGGGAAUUUGUCCUGUAUUUGUCAAGUUUUGUGUUCCGAAAUGGACAUGCUUAGAAUUAACUGAUUAAUAAUUUAAAGAUAUACAAGAAAGUAUUUAUGAUUUAAUGAUAUACAGUGGAACCUCUAUAUAACAAAGGGCCAAGGGACUUGUUCACUAUAAUGAGGUUUCGUUAUUAACAAGGUUCUUUUUCAUAUAUUUUAUUAUUAUUGGGGUAACGAAAAUCGUUGUUAUACCGAGGACUUCGUUUAUAGGGGUUCGUUAUAUUGAGGUUCUUGAAAUUGUAGUUUUUAUUGUCAGUACUUACAAGUCAUCAAUUUUGACUCACAGCAACUUGAACUUCUGAUAAAAUCAUUUAGACUUUGACUGAAUUUUAACUUAUUCUGCAUUAUACAUAACAGAUUAUCAAAGACUAUGAGAGGGCAGUGAUAUUUCGUCUGGGAAGACUGUUACCCCAGAAAGGACCUGGUUAGUUACCAUUUUUUCUGCUUGUAAUUUCAUAUUUCACGCAUGGAACUUCAGUCGACAUAUCUCUUUCUUACCUCUUAUGUAACUGUUUUGGACAUCUUUAAACUAUGGCAUUUUAUUAAAAAUAGAACAUCAACUAUCAGAUAUAAAAUUAAAAGCAGUCAUUAUAACCCCAAUCUACUAUACAAUAUUGCAUUGAUUGUAGCAGGAUACUCAGUAUGUCUUUGCCCUAGCUCCCCCUUCCCCACCCAACAGCUCUUCAGUGUAAAGCUAGGAAGAGAACUGAAAUUAUAGCCUUCUGAGAAUGGGCUGGACUGGGCAGUUUUCCUCAUAGAGGUAAAUUAAAUGCCCGAUCAAAGUAUUCUAGUAAAGAAAGUCAGUCCCAUUAUGUUAAGUUGCCUGCAGGCAGACGUCUCCUGCAACAAAGGAAAUAGGAGACAUCUACAUGCAGGCAAUAUGUUAAGAGGUAGUAUUAAUAACAGAAGUAUUUGCAAACCUACUGUAUAUGUUGUGGUUCAAUUUUUCCCUUGGUGUAAAUUUUAUUUUCCUUUUAAUUGUUUUUAAUAAACUCAAUAUCAUACAUGUACAUUAUUACCAUACCACAAAACAAAGGAAAAUGAAAUUUACACCAAGGAUAAAAUUGAACCACAACAUAUACAAUAUUGUCCACUCACUGCCAACCACUCAUGACUACUAACCACUCGAGAGAGACUGGUAGUGUCAUUAAGUUAUUCCUUUGAUCCCUGCCAUAAAAGAGAUAGUUUCUAAUUUGCAAAGUCCCUUUCUCUAACAUUUUGGAAGAUAGUAUAAGAUUUAAAUGCGGCCCCUGUGCUGUUUGUCUGACAGUACAUGGUUAAUGCACGAAAGAAAUAGAGAAUUCUUAUCUCAGAUUUUCAGACCAAAUAAUAAUUAUGAAUGUACCUACGGUACCUUUGAGGCUCAUCUUCAGGGUUGUGUCUUGUACAUCUAUCCCACCCCUAGUCAAGGUAGAUCCUCAUCAAAUAUACUUGUUUUGACUGCUUCCCUGACAGCUGUCAGCUGAACUGGUCAUAGUUUACCAAUAUUAAUUUAUUAAACAUAAAAACAUAACAGUUCUGAUUUUUAACAUGUCACUUUGAUUCAGGUGUGAUAUUCAUCAAUCCUUGCAUUGAUGCUUGGACCAGAGUAGACACAAGAGCCAGAGCAUUUAGCGUACCUCCUCAGCAGGUUUUGUAUUUUUCUGUUUAUGCAUGCACAGUAAUACCCAUAAAAUGCAUGGGCCCAGAAAUAUAACUUGCCAGACAUUGGCCAGAUGGACGUAAGAUGGGUCUUUAAAGACCCAUUUUAUGUAUACCGUACAGCUCCCUUACAUAUAACUUGAUGUGCUACAAAGAAAAGCAAAGGGUUGUGGUCUAUUGAAAAGCCAAUAACAGGGACCUUUAAUAAGGGGUCAUCUGUUGUGACAAAGGGCUAGGACUUAAAACAUUAUCUUUUCAGUUCUUUACAGUCAUGUCAUCGUAAUUUCCAUUGUACGCUGGUGGACAGCGGAUUUCAAGGAAGUCCCUGAUGCAGUCCUCUAUGACUGGUGUAGUUAUAAUUAAAUUUCGACCCUGCUCACCAUAGAGCCUCCAGUAGCUCAGUGGUUGGAGCGUCCAAACUAUAACUCAGAGGGUUGUGAGUUUGAUUCUCACCUUCUCUGAGCUUUCUGGUAUAAAAAUUGUCCUUCUUCCAAAGUAAUCGCAUAUCUGGUAUUUAAGUCAACAAUGUUAUGAUUUAUCCCUACUUCACAGGUACGCACUUGUGAUGGAGGGUAUGCCACAGUUGGUGCUGAGGUACAUUUCAGUAUUAAGGAUGUAGUUUUGUCGAAAACAGCUGUCCAGGACCUUAACCAUUCCCUACGUAUGCUUGCUCAAACAUCACUUGUUAGUUGUCUGGGCUCCAGGAAGCUAACAGAAAUUCAACACGACAGGAAAUUUAUCAACAAACAAGUUCAGGUGAUGCGUUGUUUGUACUUUCUGUUUAACAAUUAUGUCACUUAUUAGUAUACUGUUAACCCUUUAAGACCCAAGGAUGGUCAACAUCAUUAUCAUUUUCUCUGAACAAUAUCACUAUAAUUUUAUAUAAUCAAGAAAAAAAUUUUGAGAAUUAAUGUAAUGAUCACUAAAGGGAAAACGCUUUGAUAUUUUAAGUUAUCUUAAGUUAUCUUAUAAGUUUUCUCAACUUGUAAUAAUAUUAUUCUGUAACCCUUUAAGAGUGAUCAGCAUCAAAUUUCUCCUUGUAAUAUCAAUGCUUUGUAUUAACAACAGAGUGGUCAUGAGAAUUACGGACAUGGUCACACAAGAUGAAUUUGCUUGAUAUUUUGUCAACUUCUCCCCACUACUUCUGUAGGAAAUGAAUAGGAGCAACAAAUGAGAAUUCAAAUUUUGAUCUUAGGGUUUAAAGGGUUAUGAGAAUUUAUGGAGAUCAGUCCAGAGAAUUUGUAUGUGGACACUUGGGCUUAAAGAGUUAAGAAGUACAGUUGUUUGAAGGUGGUGUAAGCUUUUUUUUUUCUAUUUAUUACAUCCACUUUGAAAUCACUGGCGAUCUGUGAAAUCUGAUUGGCUCUCAGCAGUGUGAUUUAUUUCCAAAUCACACCAUUUUUUGCUCUAAAUGGCAUCUUUUUCCCAGCCAAUGAAAAAGGAACAUUUAUUUAAAACAGCACAACCAAACUGCUUUCAAAUUUUGUUUAAAGUAACAAAUCUUAUACCACUACAUGAGAAAUUUCUGCAAUUUGAUUGGCUUAGAGCAGUGGUAUUUCGCCUUAAUUUGAAAUACCUACAUGUGAAAAUUACCAAACUUUUGCAGAGUGUAGUGUAAACAUAUAAUAGCAUGAUUUGUACGUGAUAUUUGGCAUAAAUAACACGUGUGAAAUUUCAAAUUGUCUCAAAUUUCACUCGCUUAACAGCUCGUGAAAUUAUGUAUAUGUAACAAUUUCAAAAUAUUACUCAUGGUAUUUAUACUAAAUAUCACUACUAAUCAUAACUAUAACAAAUUGUCAAAUCUGAUUGGCUCUCAACUGCCCUGAUUUCAGCCUUAAUUGGACAGUUUGAUAGGACAGUACGCGUCAUGCCUAAGUAAUUGGACAGUACGCGCCAUCACGCGCGUGCUUAAAUAGCCUUUUUUUUCACUGCUAGCAAAACAAAAUUUCGAAUUUCUUGUGUUUUGAUUUAAAAAAUAGCCUAUUAUAUCACAAAUUUUGUUAAAGUUAUGAUUAAUUGGUAACAGAACUUUGUGUCGUCCAAUUCGGCCUGUAAUCAUACUCGUGAUUUAAACAAAUCAGACUCCCGCUACGCCGUCGUCCGAUUUUGUUAAUCACUCGUAUGAUUACAGACCGAAUUGGACUCUACUCAGUCCUGUUACCAUUACAAAUCAUACUAUUACCAUUAUUUAUCACUAUUUGUUUGCAUUCAGAAUCAUGUGUCUUACCGUUGAUUUCUUCAUCUUACACUCUGUCUUAGCGCCUAUUCCUAAAAGCUCUUAGAUGCCUGGAUAUUGGCCAAGGUCUUUUCUCCCAAAAACAAAAGCAUGUGCCCAAUUCCAGCCAGUUUGACUGGACAAGCCUGGUCAAUAAAGCAUGUAUUAUUUUAUGGCUAAAAUAUUUUUUCUGGUACAAACAAGUAAUGCUGUGAGGGCAAGACAACAGAAUUCGCUUCAUAUUACCUGUUUGUGGCGCCUGUAAUGUAAUAAUUACAUCAUGGGAUACCUUCUAAUUAUUAGACGAUAUCCCAUGUAAUUUCGAAAUUUUUGUGAAAACAUGUUCCUUAUGUUUCCGCAAUGAAGGGCUUGAAAACAGUCUUGUCUGUUAGUCUGUGACAAGAAUUACUAUUCAAGAGAAUUUGUAAUUAUUGUUGCAACUUAUAUUUGUCAACUUGAAAUGUAAAUAGUGUGAAAUAAAAUUAACCGGUGAACCAAUAGAUUGUCUUGCUGGGUAAGUAACUUUUAAACAGCUGUUUUAAAGCUUACUUAGUGCCCAAUGGGCAAGGGACUAAGCAAGUCAUCCUCUAACAAAAUUAUUGACGAGGACAAGCAAGUAGUGGUCACGGGAAAGCAAAAUAUGUGAGCUACUUGCCCAAAAGACAAGCUAGAGUUCAAGCUUUUUUCGAGCCCUGCAAUGAAUAGUUACAUUUUAAUAAUGGUAAUUACUAAAUAUAUUUAUUGUAUUUUUGUUUUGUUUUCAUGAUAACAGGAAGUUGUUCACAAAGGAGCAGCAGUAUGGGGCGUAGACAUAAAGAAAAUUGAAAUGUAAGUACAUGUACAACGGAAGAGCUAUGAGGGUGAUGAAACGUUAGCCUGAGAAAACAGCCGACAUUUGGCGACGCUACAACUGGUUUCCCCACCAAAUGAUGUUUGAGAAAUGAGCGCAGAAAUUCCAUACUGAUGACGCGUCACUACCCAGAUCUGGGUAGUGCUUCUGAUUGGUUGAAUCAAAUUUCCCACGCGGCACGACCAAUCAGAAGCACUACCCAGAUCUGGGUAGUGACGCGUCAUCAGUAUGGAAUUUCUGCGCUCGUUUCACAGACGUCAUUUCGCGGGGAAACCAGUGGCAGCGUCGCCAAAUGUUGGCUGUUUUCUCAGGCUAAUAAAAUGUUAAUGUACUUUUGACCAACACGGUAAAGAUCAUGGUUGCAUAUAAGUCGAGUGAACUUUGUCUAGUUCUACGGGGGGGUUUCACUUUUAAGAACCUCAGGUAUUGACAACUGAGUGUUUCAAAAGCUUGUUUCAAAUUAGACCGCCCCCUUUAAAAUUUUUCCCCCGGUGAGUGAAGAGCAUUUUAAAUUUGGUCUUCAUUUGACAAAUGUGGAGUGUUGAGUAUCUCUGGGAACAUCUUUGCAAAUGACCAUGGUGUAAAAACAUUUAAUUUCUCAGUAUUUAUCGAAAAUCAGACUGAACGAAAGGUAUUAACUGAAACUCCCAUGUCAAAGAUUUCAAAGCCGUCGCUCGUUUAAAAGCCGAGAGUUUUUAAACCUGAUAAUACUGACUACGAGUUUUUUCAACGGAUUCAAAAUCUCUGAUAUAGAUCAACUCAUUCUUGCACUAACAUUUAGAUUUGGGGUUAUUUUGGUCUAAAAAAUUGGACGUAAAGUUUAGUCGUGUCUUUAUCAGAUAUAAAGACACUCAUUUAACAUUUUAUUUCUUUCGUUUUUUCUUCUUGAAUUAUUAAUGAGUUUCUUUUUAUGAUUGGCUGCAAUCGUACCCACUCUGCAAUUGGCAAAAAAUCGUACUAAUACCCGUGUUAAUGACAAAUUUGAAUAAAGAGGUUCCUUAUUACACCUUACUGAGACAACAUCAUCAAUGAGGUAAAAGUGAUUUUUUUAAUCAAUUAUGGCCAAGUCAAGGCAGCAGUGUUUUCCCACGCCCUCGCUUUUAACGGUAGUUUGCACGAUUUGGGCAAGUGUCUUCUGCCACGAACCACGGGCAAACGAAGUCGAUCAGUGAGGUCGCCAUCGGCACGAAGUUCAAGAAAAAAUUUUUUUCUAGAAAAAAAUUUGAAGUUUUGUUAGAGGAGGGUGUGGCAAAACUAAACCGCAAAUCGGCAACGGUAAUCAGUUUCUGGUUUUGAAGUUUGCUUGCGCUGGUGUCCUGAACUUUAUGGUGACUCGUUAGUGCACAAUUGACCUGUCAAAAUCAAAUGAAAGUGUGUUGAGGGUUUUCUGACUCGUGCAAUAAGAGAAGACUCUUCUCUUAUUGAGUCAAGACAAUGGAUGUUUACCUCAACGGACAUCCGAGAAUGAACAGAAAUUCCAUUUUAUUAGUAUUUUAAUGGAUCCGGUUAAAAAGCGCAAGGAAAUGAGCUAAAAGACAGUUUAAAAUUAAAAUUAAGAUAGUAGUCAUUUUCGGGCAAAUAUACUAGACUGUGCUUAAAAAUAUUAAACUAUGCAAUAUUUUUUAAUGUAGACAUGUUUAAUUAGCAGUUUAUUAAAAACCUAAAUUCAAGAUUUUUUACCUUAAGAAAGCCGUUAAGUGGAGGCGUUGUCAUGAUAAUUGAACAUCUGUUUCACACCGAAUUCCUGACAGGAGAAGGUUUAUGUUCAUUAUUAUUUGCAAUGUGAAACUAGGUACACUAGAGUGAAUCUUUCGCUGUGAUACCCGACUCUACACUACGUCCCAAUAAAACAUAUCAGAUUAUCUUUAUUGCAGUAACCAAGUAAGAAUAUUCUCUUCCUGUUAAAAAUAUGUCAGAUCUGAGUCUCAAGUAUAUUGUCACUUUGAUCAAGGUGAAACUUCUGUUGCUUUUAUUUUUAUUGUUUAAAAAAACUUGAAAACACUUUUCAGAAAAUCCUUGUUUUUUGUAAAUACACUCCUUGUAAAAGAAUAUACUAAUUAAUACGAAAUCCCUUAUUACUAUUAAAAAAAUUAGUCCAGGUCAAUUGUAAAUCUAGUCAAAAGGUUUGAAACUAGAUAUGCACAGAAGCUACCGAAAUAAUUAUUGUCAGAAUAAAAUCGGCAAGAAUUACGAGCUAAACGUACAGAAAAGUCUGCCAGGAAAGCGUAAUCGUGUUGGUAAUGAAUUUUGUUAAUCUCUUCGUUCUAAAAAGGGAAGUUCUUUUUAAAAUUCAAUAUUGUUUAUUUUGUUUUUGUUAUUGCCUUCAAAUAACUGUUGUCAUUAGAAAAGACAAGCCCUCCUCUUUUAAAUGUGGUUAUGUAAUAUCAUAGGGCGCAAAUUAAAACGUUACUAAUGUAUAACGAUGGAUUUUAACAAUACUAAGGGUAGUGGUAUCUCUGAAAAUGAAAUUGGGUGAACUUACAGAAAAAUAAUCCCACUAUCAGAUAAAGUAAAACAAGUCACAUGUUGUAUUGUUCGUAUUUUCUGUGGGAAGUUAGAAAACGAGAGUCAUAUUCUUCAUGGCUGUCCGCUUUCUGUUUUAGCAGCGACAGGAAACCAGUGAACAAUACAGAAAAGUAGGCUUAUGCGCCGCAGAAAAUUACCCACUAAUUGCAAGACGCAUUGCACGAAGUCGCAUUUUCAGCAAACGGUCUAACAGUUCACACCAACUGAUAAACGAGAGCGUAAAUUUUGCUGCAAGUGAAAUGCUUAAUAUGGCAGCAGCGAUCAAGUACAACUAAGAACAAGUUGAACUAAAGACUAGCUGACAUUUCGAUUGGUGAGUUGCAAUUCUUAUACUACUUUUAUUGAUUCCAGUGCAUUUUCGAUCUCAUGUUAUUUGGUCGAAUAUAAGAUACUAAUUUUUUUGUCUUUUUUCUCUCAGCGUUUUCGGCUCAAUUGCUUCGGAGAGGUAUUGACUGCAGUUUUCAAGAAAUUUGCGCAUCGGGAACGAGUUUUUCUCAUUUGCAACUGAGGUCAGUACAGCAAAACUAAGUAUAAACGAUAAAUAUUUGAAAGCACAGUCUUUAGAGUACUUCAGUCGUUGUACAUUUAGCCAACAACCUGAUAAUUUCGUUGAAGUCCUGAAUUUUUGUAUGCAGUUGCAUAAAUUGCGUUCACAACUGCAAGGAUCAUUUGUCAUAAAUUGAUUUCAUUUCCACAGUUCUUAUAUGAUUUAUUUCAUAUAUAUCUGUCACAUUUAUUUCUUUCGCGGGAACAUAUGAACACAUAAUUGACCAGCUCCCAACAUCAGUGGCUUCAUAGCUCAGUUGGUGAGAGCAUCGCACCGGUAUCGCCAGGUCACGGGUUCAAACCCUGUUAAAGUCCUGAAUUUUUUUCAGGCUUCUUGCGCGUUCACAACGCGAGGAUCAUUCUUCAUUUGAUUUCAUUUCGGCAGUUCUUAUAUCAUUUAUUUCAUAUACAGUCUGUACAUCUAUCACAAUUUCGUUUUCAUUGCUAGCCCGUGUUUUGCUGACCAAAAAUAAUGUGAAAAGCUCAUCUUUUCGAACCAGCGAGUGCUUCACCCGUCAGGCACGUGUUCUUUUUUUUUUCAAACUUUAGAUUAAUUUAAAUUUUAAUACUGAUAAUCAGCCUUUUAAACUUGGUUCAACAGCAGAUUAAAAAACAAACAAACAACGACAAAAAAAGCAAAUAGUGCGAACAGUAAAACUCUAAUGAAAGCUAAUAACAGUUUGCGCGCGGUUAUGUCGGACUGUCGCACGUAGCAGAUUCACGAUCCUCGGAGGAACUGAGGUGGGGAGGAGAAAAAUAGAAAGGUCAAUGUCAAGGGGGCACUACAACGUUUUAUCCCAAAAUUUUGCUUUCUGAACACGCCCAAAACUAAGAAAGCUGUAAUUUUCAUCAGGAGCAGAAGUGAGCAUAGUGCUCGACUUACAAGCAAUUACGUUUUGGGUGGCCAAGAUAGUGACCAAAAAACGGCUUGAAUAGAUUCAAAAAGGAUUUUUCGGAAAACGACGAGUUGCGAAUUGUUUGAAUUGACUCAAAUCCGAUGACAGUAUUCGAAGUGGUCUAUAUUCAACGCCAUUAAGGGUUCAUUAUCGUUUUUCUAAUUUUAUUUGCAGAUGGAACGUUCUUCCCAAUUGCUUUCCAACCCUUUGUUCAUUAACAAUCAGUCCUCUGUAACCAACAGCACAGCAGCUGCAGCGAUGACAGCUUCAGUUUUUGUGGUCACCCCAGUGGGUUUCGAUACAAAACUUAUCCUUUUUGUGCUGUUUUUAAUUGUUGGAGUCAGUGGAUUGGUGGGCAACAUCCUUAUUCUUUAUUUUCUUUCCAAGAAAAAGUCAGUUCCUUUUCUUCAGUCUUCUUCUUUCCUCAGGAACUUCGACCUCUACAUGAAGAGUUUAGCCCUUUCAGACAUACUUUCUUGUUCUAUUUCAGUUCCUUUGGCUUCUGUAGAAAUAAUGUAUGAUGUAUUCCAAAGUGGCUGGCCUUGUAGAACAGUUCGAUAUAUCAGUGUUACGUUUACCUUUAUAACAAUAAAUAAUUUAAUUGCUAUAAGCACCUAGAGGUUUCUGUCAACCCGUGAUGUUCCUAAAACGUUUAGUUUUACUUCUGUCCGUAAAAUAGUGUAUGCUGCGUGGAUUGCAGUCUUAAUAGUUGCAUUGGCUCCUGCCGCAACAAUGAAUGGUAUAAAAUACGAUAUUAACGCUACACAUUACACAGUGGUCUGUAAACCUGAUACCAGGUAUCUACCUUACAGAGCAACUGUAGUAAGCAUUGUACUGAUACAGUACUUCUUACCCAGCAUUGCUUUGAUUGGUAUUAACAUCGUCUUGGCCAGAAGGGUGUGGAAAAUAAGGAAAAGAAGGGUCGAUGUACUGCAAGAUAACGCCGUUAGGGCGAGAAUGAGAUCACACCAAAUCAAAACAACUAAUUUACUUAUAAUUGUCACCUUGGCUUUUGUUAUUCCUUAUUGUUUAUUACUUUACUAUUCAGCCUAUGUUGCGAUUGUCAAGCCUCCGCUUGAUGUGCAGGUCGAUUUUGUUUUGAGAUAUUCUAGUGCGGUGCUCAUCUUUUCCAACAGUGCGGUGAACUUCGUCAUAUAUCUGAUUCAGAUGAAGGAUUUCCGUGUAUUUUUAAAGCAAGUUUUAUGCUGCAAGGGUUAUAAUGCUUAGGUUAACUCUACAGGGCCUGGUUAAUACAUUUAGGAAAACAAGAUAAAAUCAAUAUUCAGAAUCCUCUGUGGAAGUAGGAAUUCAAAAUUCUUGAGGUCACUGUUUUGGUUCUUCUUUUUAAGGUCAGUUUUACCAAACAUCUAAUUUGGUAUGCAGAUUUUAUAUGAGGAAUAAGCUGCACCUCUAAAUACUGUUAGCUGUAAUGUAGUGCACUUUAUAGUCUAGUGAACACACCUAUUAUCUUAACCAGGGCUCAACCGCACAAUAUUUCCAGAUCUAGUUUAUUCAUUAGCUUAGCCGCUAUGCCCGAAGUUCAAUUCUCGGGUCACUUUUACGAAUGAAAUCAAGAAAAAUAACUGUACAAUAUUUCUUAAUUAACAAUUAAUGAAUGAGGCUGAGUAUCUUAUGAAGAAUUAUGGGGAUCGAGGAGGGUGUUAUCCGUCGAGGCCGUAGGCCGAGGCGGAUAACACCCUCCGAGAUCUCCAUAAUUCUUCAUAUGACACGAAAGCCGAAUUCGAUAAUUCUUAAUUAAGAAAUGUUGUACAGUUGUUUUAUUAUUCAUUCAAAAUAAUUCCUAGUUUAAAAACAUAGCUAAAACAUGCUUACCUCCAUCGAUGUUAAGUUCAUCUUCGAUAGUGCACGUUUAGGGUUGUUCAGCUCCGCAAAUAUUCUCCAAAUAGCAGAUGUCGCCCUUCGAGUUGUCUUCUUGCUGUUCUUGCCAUGUUUUCAGCUAUUAUUUCGCCUAGUUCUUACUCUUGAAACGAGUGAAAUGUCCGUCAUUUUUGUUUGCACAACCAAAACAACUCAACCUCGUCCCCAGUUCAUCUCGGUUGACGGUUCAUUAACCUGCAAAAACGCUGCACUUUUGAUGUCAUGAGUUCAUUAAACGCAAAAUUCUUCCAAAUUUGGUCAUCAGUAGCUGGUUAUGGUGAAUUAUGCGUGUGCUUUUAGCCAAUCAGAACCGGGGAAAUAUUUUGAAUGAAUAAUCAUUGUAAAUAAUUCAACAGGAAUAAUUUAAUCAUGAUUGUAUAAGAAUAUAUAACAGUUAUUCCACCGAUUCUUGUUAAAUAUCACAUGGAUGACUGAACGCGUGAGCCCGUAUCCAACGUCCGCUCUCAGUUCGUACUGAUUAGGCAUUGAAUAAUUUUUGCUUCGUAUCACCAAGUAAUAAACUUGUUUUCAGGAAAAAUACUUGAUUGUGGUUCAUUUCAUUAAGAAUAAAAGAUGUUCAACAGUAUUGAAACAAGAAAAAUGUAAAGUUACUCAAAAUGUCCACUUCAAUUUUCAAGUUCGUCUUGAAACUUGUCAACGGCGAAAAGAUAAGAGCGAGGGCAUUCGUUACAAAUUGUUGCAACUAUAUAUAAAUAUAUCUUUUAAUAUCUUUAAUGUAUAUCUUUAAAGUAAUGGCUAAGAAAAGAAACGAUUAAGGCAGGCAUAUACUAAAACUCACUAUUGUGUAAAUAGCUGUUCAGUGGAAAAAAAUAAAUUCAUUUGUUUAACUGUCAGACUCUGUUUAGACUAUUUUGUUUCCACUCCACAAGUGUGAGAACAAAGUGCGGCAACCUAGGAAAGUGAGGGUGGCUAAUUGGUGAACAUCUCAGAUGUCAAUGUUACCGGGAAAGUUCCAAAUGCUUUUGAAGUCCCCGUUCUGACUGGCCAGAAAAGGAGGAUUCAAUGGGGUUAACCGUCAGCCGUCAAACGGCUUCAAAUUUAAACGUCAACCGUCGAAACAUGUUAUUUUUUACCGUCAACCGCCAAAAACGUAGAUUAACAUUAACCAUCAAAAAGUUUUAAGGUACCUUAAAAUUCCGAAAAUAAGCCCCUACAUGUAUAAGCGUAUAAGCCCCUCCAAAUAUAAGCCCCCCACACUUGUAACGCAAAAAACCCUUCGUUAAAUCGCCCCUCCAAAUAUAAGCACCCCGGGUGGCUUGUACUUGGAAAUUGCCCUCAAAUACAAAGUAAACUAUAUUUUGAAAAUGCAACCCCAUUAUAGUCAAUCCAGUCGUGAAAUUGCGACCCCAUCCAGCGGCACAUCCCCAUAAGCCUCUUAUAAGGAAGUACCCCCCUUACUGCUGGGGGCUAACCGCUGUCUAUAGUAUGAAUGGAAAUACCUAAUUAUGUGCGCUCACGGUGUGUCAGUGAGAACCUAACAGAAGAGGUUAAAGGACCUUGAAAGGUUUUUUUAAUAUUAAUAAUAUUUAAUGUUAGCUUUAGGUUAUUCCUUAGUACUGCAUUGCGCAUCUUUAACCGUGAAUAAUUUCUUGCGUGGUUAGCGCGUGCCAUUAAAACAUGGCGGCUUUUGCCUUAAAGCUGGAGCUCCCUAGAGAGGUAAAACGUCAUUUGCUCUUAAACGGGUGCGGUUAUCAUUUUUUUAAAUCUUUUUUAAACUGAGCAGAAACGUUCUCUCUGUAGAAUGAGUCGGACCAAUUCCCAGUGCAGAAAAAGGAGCAAUGAUCGGAAACGUGUUCAGAGCAUGUGCUCUUAAAUAUAAUCAUGUUGAUAUUGUAAGGAAUUAUUGCGUGUACACAAGGUGCUGCUGCUCCUGAACGAAUAUGGGGACCCUCCGCUUUUAUUUCAAAGUUUAAGUCCCCAUAAUAUACCAUAAACAACAAAUCCGUAAAGUUUGAGAAAAGUCUCACUGCUGACCUGCGAAUCCUGACGCAUUGUCCAAGCGAGGGCCGAAAAUACGUCUACGUUUGCAGGCUAUCCCAUUGCUGGUUCUGUUUCAGAGGAAUCACCUUUGGUUACAGUUGAGACAUUAGACACCAUUCCGUAUACUUUUAAGUAGUCCUUUCAUGGACAAAACAUGUGUGCGAGACGAUUAUUCCGUGGCCCUUCUACAUUGUAUUAACAGGGUCCCACUGUAGUUAACUCGGCUCAGUUAAAGGGGUUAUGCCACGUGGAUAUUGCUGUUUUUGGUCAAUUUUGUGCAAAAGUCAUAAGUUAGUACCUUUAGCCAUACACAGAAUGCUCCUGUACAGUUAUGAAAAAGAUAUCAAACAAAUCUUAUCAGGGAACACUAACCGUGAUAAUUUUUUUCGUGAUUUUUUUUUGCAGCCAUAGCUUUAAAACUUGAAAAAGUUGGCCAAAUCUUUUCAAGUUUCAAUCCAUGUCCAUCCUUGCUUACCCUGGGUACCAGAGGUAUUUUCUCGCGUGCGACGGGGAGCUUCGUUUCGUCGGCCGCAGGCCGACACGUGUUCGGCCGAAGGCCGAAGACACGACCGGCGGGUAACUUUUUAAGACUUGAGCAAAACCGGAAACCGCGCAUGAAGCCUCUGGCACCAAGGGUAAUCCUUGCCAUCCGUAGCAAGAGACGACGGGAAACAGUUUCAAUGCCCAAAUAUAAUCUAGAAUUACAAAACUCGACCAGUAUUUUUUGAAAUCAAUUGAUGCGAAGACACGUCGUCACUUUUUAAAAAGACAGCAAAUAACGUGACUUAGCCCCUGUAAAGCGUGAUGUCACGCAAGUUCACACUGACUUAUUUCUUGUGUAACUUUCAGGUCAGCGGUGAAGGUGUUGAAGGAGGCCGAAGAGCCUGUCAGUGCUUUGUCUGCCCUUUUUGGCGGAGGAGGGUCUCAGAGUUCAAAGCUUGGAAGCAUGACAUUCGCGGCUGACCCAUCAGGGUUGGCGAGUAUGUUUUCAGGUACAGUGCGGGUUUACUAGUGUAGGUUUAGUUUCACUCAAAUAGGCACUGUUGAGUAAUUUGAAAAUCCCUCAGUUACAUUGUAUAACAGUGCAUGGAAAUAUAUGUCUAUACCUUUCAUGUAGUAAAUCUAAUUACGGUCGCCUACUGUCAAGGCUUAAGACCGAAGACCUUUGUGCACCCUCGAGGUUACUGUUUGAAGUUGUUGACAAAAUCCCGAGGAAAAGGCCUUUUAGAUUUCCUCCCAAGAAUUCACUUGAAGUCUCAGUACUUCUUGAUGUGACCGGGGUAGUUAUAUAAGAGAAAACAACCUGUUUUUUGCAAACCUUCCUUCUUUGGGGGUACUCACAUGGGCAAACCCAGGUUCAUAGUCCCCUAGUUUUUCCUAAAGAUCGUCGGAAUCAAGCGCUUACCCACCCUUACGGGCGGCCAUCUUAGUUUAUAAAAUACCGAGUCUAGCGUGUGGAUGAGUAUUUAAUCAAGGUUUAGCCGAUAUUUAGUAAAGCCGCGUUCCUAAUUAUCUUCGGUUUAGCUAAAACUGAGCCUGCGAUAGGUGUGAAUAGCAACAACGACGGCGACGGCCACGAAAACGUCACUUAAAAAGGGAAUUCGCGCUUCUUCAAACUUAAUCGCGCUUAUUCCAUCCCGUUCAAUUUAUCAAAUGUUGGCAACUUUCUCUGGAGUUGAAUUCUAAAAGACUAGCGAAGUUCAGGAAAAGAAAAGAGAAAGUCUUGUGUCCACGUCCUCCAAAAAAAGUUAAAUUAGGCAUUUUCGCGCCGAAGUCGUGCAGUAACGGCUAAGAGAAGCGUACAAAAAAGCGUGAUGCACGUUCAAAGUUGUUUUCUUGCUUCAUAAACCUAUUGCUUUUUUUGCCGUUCUCGUUCUCGUUGCCGUCGCCAUUGUCGUUGCUCAAGCUUCCUAAUGGAACGGGGAGGGGAGGGGAAGGUAAAAGGGAGAAAAAAGCUCCCUCCCCUACCCAUUUCGACGCCUCCCACGCAGGCUACCAGAACUUGGAUCUAAAACGUUGCUUUCAGUGAGCAGUGUCAAGAAGGCACUUAGCUCUACUUCAACUAGACAAAAAGAGGUCAACUGAUCAUGAUUGUCUGCUGCGAAAAGUUACGACGAAAAGCUUAAAAGUUCGUCAUUGCUCAAUGCUCCUUUAUUAAUGACGGAGCCACCUUAAGCGUAGUGCCAUUUAUAAUGUAUACAAGGAAAAAGGACGGUCAGUUCAUGUUGUUUCUAAGCUGUUCUUCAGAAAAGUAAAUGUUUUUUGCUUGUAGCUUUGGGUGGAGACAAUGCUGUACGAAGUGCACCCUCCCCACCAGAUCCCCCCGUUACCUCUGCUCAAUCUGGACAUGAAAGAACUAGGGUCGAUCUUCUAACUCCUGAGCAGCUAGUCAAGUUGGUCAGCGGUGUUCUCAAUGAAAGCCUUGUAAAGGAGAUCGGUGGAAUGUUCCAAUUUAACAUUACUGGAGAAAGUGGGGGAACUUGGUUUCUUGAUCUAAGAAGCGGACAUGGGAGAAUUUAUGCGGAAAAACAAGGAGAUAAUCCUGAUGUAGUACUAACUAUGAGCGUUGAAAAUAUGCAACAGAUAUUCUACGGACAAACUACGGCGUUUGAUGCCUACAUGCAAGGUGCAUUGACUGUCGAUGGCGACUUGAGAAUGGCCAUGAGUUUAGAGGCUAUUGUGAAAAAGCUCAGAGAAAAACCACUUGUUCCGGAUCGACAGGUUUCUCAAAGACCGGGUGUUUAUAUUGUAUAGAAGUACGUUGCUAUUAUUCAAGUUUACAAAGAAGGUAGACAUUUCUUGUUAGUGUAUAAAUUUACGUAAGAUGCCUUAAACAAGGGAUUCCUUGAUCAGUAUAUCCCUUGUCACUAUAUCUUUGUUAUUCUGAUUACCGAAAGCUCUCGAAGAUUACCAAAGUCAUCCGAUUCCAAGUUCGAUAAGUGAAGAAGACACGAAGAUGUUUCGACUGUUACUUACCAAACUACCAACAGUGACCUCGUACACGGUAACGUCCUUUAGUGUUUAUAACUGACUUUAGGCGAAUUGUCACUUGCUAAUGUUGGUCGGACCGAAAAAGCGAAUUUGACGGAAAGCGGAAAACUACAAUCCUGGCCAUAGUGUUUUGCAACAUUUCCCUUUUCUCUCGUCGUUGUGACAUCAAAUCUAGAAGUAACCAACAAUCCACAGUCAAAAACUGCUUAACGAAUGUUUCUUUCCCCGAAACAAAGUUGAAGUGUGUAAGGUAAACCAACACAACCAACACUGUUGUUGACUUGAAUUGCAAUUUUCAUGUUUGAAAGACGAAGAUUGUAGCAAUUCUAUAAUUUCAGUUGUUCAUGAGGUAGUUCUUUUAAGGUGCGCCCGGUGAGAAGAGAAUUGACUUGUACAUCGCUGGCCUCAGUGGUUCAAAAGAAAAUAAUGCUAUCCACUGGGUCAGGCCAGAACGGAGCGAAAUUGUAGACGCGUUCUGGCUAGGACGAUAAACGUCUUGGUGCCACGAUCACGUCAAUGACACACAGUAAAUGUAAGUUUGUUUUCGUCUUUUGUAACCCGCUCCGUUUAGACAGUUUUUCUGAGUAAGUAAAGCUGUCACUUAUAACAUGCUAAUAUUAAAACCCUACUUCUUUGUUGUUUGUAUAAUACUGCCGUAAAGAUUAAACGGAGUUUGGGCUACGCGGGUCAACCGGAGGUGGACGUUUUGCACUCUUGAGCCGUGAUUCUUGGCAAAUCUUUGGGCAAAUCGACUCUAUAAGAGUAAAGACACUUCGUAAUACAAAUUUGGUGGCGUCAAGGCAUACUUAAAGAGAAAAAGGCCCACUUCCGUUUGACGUGCGUCGCUCAAAAACGUCGCUGCUUAAACUCCCUAUUACCUUCUGAAAGAAGGUUAGGUUUUUCGAACAAACGCCACCAUCAAAAUUUUCCAGGUGUAUCCCUACGCCCUGGGAAAGGUACUCUGGUAUAUAUAAGCUAUAUAGGUCUGUUUCGACGCUACUUUAGUAACCUGAGAUCAAGCUCUAUUUUCGUUUCUCUUCGUAGCGCAACCACGUAGGAUACAAUGUAUGGAAGCUGAUAAAAUUGGGCCUGACUUCAGGGGCUUUAUCUCAGGGAACUGGUAUUUAUUUUGAGCCUCGCUUUGAAGUUAGCCCCAUAAACGCACUCCUUAUUUGUGAUUAGGGAGUCAGUAAGAUCCAACGACAUGGACAGCAACGGGAAAGUUAAAAAAAGAAGGUUUUAUAAGCAAAACAACAACUUUACACGUGCACCACGCUUGUUUGCACAUUUCUUUGCCCGUUUUUGCAGGAAUACGACGUGAAAAUGCCAAAUUUCGCGUUUUAUGGAGUGCGUAAACAAGCAACGACGAAAUUUUAAUUCUCUUUCUGAAUUUGGAUAUGGUCCCUAGGAAUUCAGUUCGCCUACAUUUGACAAAGUAACUGGGUACGAAUAAUUGCGAUGAAGACUAAAAGAACGCGC